AUGGAAGUAUUCUCAAGUGAUAGCGACUGUGAUCUUGAACAAUUUGCUCAGUUAUCGGAUUUUGAUAAUAGCGACAGCGACCAAGACCAACUUGUGUCUUCAAGAACGUUUCGGCGUAUAAAUUUCAUGGCAAGUUUAACUGACGCUGAGUUUACUUUCAGAUUUAGGCUAAACAAAACGUCUGUUGAAUUUGUUUUAAAUGAAAUAAUGCCAUUUAUCAAAAUCAAAUCAAAACGGAAUAACGGCAUACCACCAUUGCAUCAACUUUUAUUAACACUUAGAUUUUACGCAUUGGGGACUAUGCUAAAUUCAGUGGCUGAUUUUGCUGGUGUGUCCUUGUCAUCAGCGUGUAGAAUUGUAUCAAACAUAUCUGCUGCUAUUGCUAGAUUGUAUAACAAAUAUAUUGUGCUGCAUACUAGGAGUACAGAUAAAUUUUACAAUAUAGCUCAAUUUCCUAGAGUAUGUGGUGCCAUUGACUGUACUCAUGUACGCAUUCAAUCUCCAUGUUCAACAAUAGGGGAAGAAUUCCGAAACAGAAAGGGAUACUUUUCCCUUAACGUCCAAGCUGUUUGUGAUGCAGAACUGAAAUUACUAAAUGUUGUUGCUCGGUGGCCUGGUUCAUCCCACGAUGCAACAAUUUUUAAUAAUUCUCAUUUAAGAGCUUCAUGUGAAGAUGGAAAUUUAGGAAAUCGGUGGUUACUUGGGGAUAGUGCCUAUCCAAACCGCCCAUACUUACUCACACCCCUAUUAAACCCAUCUACUAGUCAAGAAAUUAGAUAUAAUGAGGCACACAUAAAAACUAGAAAUACAAUUGAAAGGACUUUUGGUGUGUGGAAACGCCGCUUUCCAGUUAUAGCAUUGACUAUGCGCUUAUCAUUAAGUAACAUACAAAGAGUAAUCAUAGCCACAGCAGUACUACACAACAUCUGCAAAGAUAAUAACAUUCAGCUAGUACCCCCUGAGGUCCAACUGUCAGAAGACGAAACAGAAGUUGUCAAUGAAGUGACAUCAGAAAAUACUGUAGUGCAAACUAUUGAUGACAGAAGCAGGCAACAGCUCAUUUUAAAUUAUUUUUAAGGAGUUGCUGUUAUUAGUA